GUGUAGUGUGGUGUGCUGUUCAUAUCAGCCGUGCGUUCAGAUUUCUGAUAAGAAAUAGCUGGUUUCACGUAACAUCUCUUUAUACCUGCAGUCUCGUUACGUUUUUCUUCAGUGUGAGUGGAAAUCUUAAGGUAAAAUGUUUAGAUAAACAGUUCUUUUUUAAAAUCAGUGUUUUUAAAAUAUUGUGUGGUAGAGUCUAUAGAACAGAAUUUUGAAACGUAGUUAUAAGUAUUUACGUGACGAAUUGAAGUGCUGUAGUAAGUAGGUAGUCGAUUUGCGUAUGACACAGAGUAAGAUGGCGCGGCUGCUGGCGUGGUGCAAGCACUCCCUGAAGACCAGACCGGCGCUGUCCAACACGGUGGUGUACGCCAGCUUCUACACCGCCGCUGAGCUUUCACAGCAGGCCUUCAAUAAAUACUACACGCCAGAAAAACCCGAAAUGAAUUACGCUGCGGCCGCUAGAAUCGUUACUGUUGGUAGCUGCGUCUACGCACCCACUCUCACAUAUUGGUACCGACUCCUCGACAGAAAGUUCACGGGGACGGGCUUGAAGGCAGUUGCAACGAAAGUGUGCAGUGACCAGUUCCUUAUGACGCCCAUCUUGCUAGCUGCCUUCUAUACUGUUUUAGCAGUUUUAGAACGCAAAGAAGAUGUUUUCGAGGAACUUAGAUCAAAGUAUUGGAAAACAUUUGUAGCGAACCAAAUGUUUUGGAUCCCUGGUCAGACUAUCAACUUCUUCUUCAUACCACCGCAUCUUCGAGUAGUUUACGUGUCAGUGGUAUCAUUCUUAUGGAUCAAUGUUUUAGUCUUCAUCAAACGACAAAAGGUUGAUGAGCAAAUUGAGAAGGUCGGCGAGCAAAUUGAGAUGGUUGGUGAGCAAAUUGAGCAGUUCGUCAAGGAAUUAUAAUUAUUAUCAUGACGGUGUUUAUUUAUUACACGCCAUUAUAUUUUUAAGCUAAAACAAUCAAAACUUUAGCUAAGUAUUGAUAAUUUCUGACAAACAGACAAAUAUACAUUAAUAAAUAACUACUUAAUCAUUCCGAUGAAAUUAUUCAAAAGAAAGACCUUAUUGCUUGCUGUUUAUUUCAUAUAAAUUAUAUUCAUGAUUUAUUUAACAUUAAGUUUUUGAUAAGACAAUAUUAUGAAAAAGAUAAGCUAAUAAUUGAACAUUCCUACGAGGUGAACAGGAUUCUACUUUUUAGAUUAUUAUAUACUUGUAUCUUAAUAAUAUUAUAUACGUUUGUUGGGAUUUGUAUAUAAACAAUAAGGUAUUAAGCAUUUUUAUUAAUAUUAGGUAUACAUUCUUUGUGAUAUUAUCCAGUGCCAAUUUUAAACUACCUAAUAUUACGAUGUAAAUAUUUGAAUAUUUAAAUGAAUUGUUGUUAUUAAUUAAAUAAAUAAAUGUUUAAA